CGCGACGAUGCAUGCCGGUCGGCCCCGCACCCGGGACGCCGGCGGGGCGCUGUUUCUGUUUCACAGGUGGAGGAGAAGCGCCCGGCAGCGCGCGUUGGGAUGCACAGCCGCUACCACGCCAUGGGUUUGCCCGCCGGAGACCGCGUGCUGCUCCUUCUGCUCGCCUUCAGCUUCAGCCACGAUGCCUUGGUACGUGUCGUUGGCGCCAUCGAAAUCACCAAACUUACCGUGCCGCGCGUGGUCGAGAGUGGUCGGCAAGGUCCGUUCGAGCUCGACUGCCAGUACCGCUGCAACGAGUCCGACUCCAAGCUGGUGGUCAAGUGGUUCUUCAACGGCGAAACGCAACCGUUCUACCAGUGGAUCGCCGAACUCGAGGACCCCGUGGUGACGGACCGCUACGUGGACGUCAUCGACAUGGACAGGUCGCACGCGCCCGGUGGAGCCGAGGCCUGCAACAUGCACACGUGGCACCUGCGCCUCGUCAAGCCCACCAUCGACAUGAGCGGCAAGUACCGCUGCGAAGUGCUCACGCUGGCCAACCAGGACAGCGCCGAGGCGUCUAUGAUGGUAUUCGCGCCGCCAUCGACGUUCCACUUCAACUACACCAAGUCGAGCUCGGAGCGCGCCACUCUAUUCUGCGAGGUAGACGGCGCGUUCCCGAUGCCGCACCUGAAGAUGUACCGACUCCUGCCGGACACGGAUGACGACAAGGCGGAGCUGGUCAACGUGCAGCUGACCACGGAGCGCAGGGACGGCCUGUACCGUGCGGCCAUGACCAGCGAGGUGCUGGACGCUAGCCUGCCGCAGGACGAAGAGACCGUGUUCCUGUGCAGCUACACGUUCAAGGAGAUCAAGUACCACCGCUUCCAGAGGCUCGUGUACGUCCCCGGUGCACCUGCUGAGACGGAUGAAAACAUCACAAACUCCGUGGGAUACCUGAAGCCGCUUCUGCUGACCUUGCUGCUGAGCCUGAUUCUGGGCCUCUCCUAGCCGAGUGCUGCCUUGUUAUCGAGUUGGUGCAACCCUUACUUUCGUCCAGUGAAGCCUAUCCUGAGUCGACUUCAGCACAAGGGAGUCUACAACAUUCUGCAACACCCAGCCUUUCACUCGAUCCGAAGAGGACGUCGAGCAAAAUAUUCAAGACGUGCCUUCUUUCCUUCGAUCCGAACAGACCUUGUGUCACAUCUGUCACCAUUUUGAACAAGGUUCCCAGAAGCGCCGUUUCUUAUUGACAGAACGAAAUGACACAUAGUGACGCGGGCUUUUUUUUUUCUUCUUUUAAUAGCGAGAACCAAAGAGGCGUUCCACGCCAGACUUGUACAGUAUGUAAUCCAGCAUAGGGUUUACAGUGUGUGUGUAUCCUGAAUGACUUUUUUUUUUUUUUACUAGCGCUUCGGAGAACUUUCGCUGCGAAAGCGCUGACUCGUAGCGAUGGAAUGUGUGUGAUGGACGAUGUGACGAUAUACAGUAACCACCAUCGCAGCGAUGACAAUAUUGCGUAUUGCGUUAUUUCUUCGUUUUUUUCUUCUUUGCUAAUGUGGACGCCGAAAGUCACGUCAUGUCUGCGAAGCUAUACUCUCGAUUCGGAUGGUCAUUGUAAACAGUUAUGGCAGUCACGUCCCUUCCCGUGAUAUCGACAUAAUCGCGAGUUGCUUUGAAAUGUUCGCGUAUAGGGCAAGCGAUAUGCUUUGCUAUUCAUUUCGUAUCAAGGUGCACAAGUUCAAACAGAGCAACGUUGCUGACUCAUUUUCCGCCUCUGAGUCGCCAGUAUCCCUCUUUUUGCGAUUCACGUUAGCGUAUAACUUGGUAUCCUUCAACUGAUGCGCUUAACGUACUAAAAGCUCGCACACCCUCCAGUUAAAAGUUCCACUCAGCUUACAACCGCAGCAGCUAGCGCAGUCCACCACUCCACUUCAGCUCACGAGGACUACGUACGGGAAAUAGAACGUAAGAACGAAAUGUUCAUCUCGAGGUCAGCACACGUGUGCUCGCGGUCUCAAACUCGAGGAAGCCCUCGUAAGGCGGCGUUAGAGGGAUAAAUGUAGUCGUGUAUAGUAAGUGUUCGUCCCUUUGUUGUGUCACGCAAUAUGCUAGUCCUUGCCGAAGCCGUCCCUUCAUGUUUAUUAGUAAUAUAUUUUUUGUCCAUCUGACGCUAUCACACUGUCCUACAAACACAAAUAUAAAGCGAUGUCCUUGAAUUUCAAGCAAUAUAUGUUCGUUUCUACAAAUAUUUGCGACAAAAAUUCACGUAGUAUUUAUCAACUCCUGCAGGGUUACUCUUAGCGAACUGAAAUUUCGUCAUCUUUGUUUAUUUACUAAUCAGCCUUGAAAAAAAAAACAACGUUGUUGAACCGCUUAGGAUAUUCAUGCUCAUGUAAGAUGAGUACAUUUUUCUUUGACGUGGCCACGUUAUUUACGUAUGCCUCGCUUAGGCAGCAAUCACGGAGGUAUCGGUUUCCAAAAUCUUACAAGUGCCUUUAUUUGGAGUAUUUCUACAAGUGUCAUGCUUCCGUUACUGCAAACAAACACAGUGUUAUCGAUGCAUUGAAAUUACCUGUACACUUCCCAGGUCGGUCAUCAUGCAGCUGUCCGCUGUUUUAUUCUCUAUAUAGCGAAACAGCCGAUGUUACUCUUGCAGGAAACUUUCAGAGCGCCUUCAGCGUUGUUGGCAAUGACAAAACUCGAACUACGGUAGGGUUGCUUGGAGCAUGAUAUGAGAAGGCCGCUCCGCACGCACCAUGAUUCCUCCGUGGAAGCAAAUUACUUCAGAUUGAGAUAAUUGGGCAAUAUAAAGGAAAAGCUAACAAGGCGGGGCAAUGAGCAACUUGCAUCCAAAUAAAACUAGUCAGGCCGUCAAAAAUGAAAAGAAGAAACACAACAAUGUGAAAUAAGAUAUUUAUACUAAAUCCUUCUGUUUGAAUACUCUUCCUUGCGUUGAGUGUGUGUAUUUCUUCUUAUUUUGUAGUUCGUGGCAAGAAGUGAAGAUUGUAAAUAGUAUAUUUCAGUGACGCCCUGGUUUGAUCCGUUUCGAAUGCACGUGUAUCUUCGUUAUUGUUAACUGCCGCUUGAAACAAAACAACAAAGUGCAGCGCGAAAAUUUACCUCGUUUCACGCGAAAAACAAUUGUAAAUCAUCAUUCAGCACCUAAGGCUUGCGCUGUAAUAAGAAACUGAAAAAUGAAGAUAUUAAGCCGAAUACCACAAUGCGAACUAAUUAGUAUGCACGUUAUAGAUUGAAUGAGCACAACAUUAUCAUAUAAAGCCGGUUCUUACGUACACUGUGAACUAAUUAUGUAGCAGCAAUGCUUUACGUGUGUUUGAUGAUGCCUUUACAAAUUCCUUUACUUUAUGUAUGAGUGUGCUUUUUUUCUGUUAUUUAUAUUGACACUUAUCCAUUGAUGUUUUAUUGUACUUGUUCACUCGCAAAUAAACUACUUAAUGAGAUAGCUGCACUUCGCUAUCAAGUUGUAACUGGACUACGCCAUGCACACAAAACAAAACUCGCACGUAUUAAUUCAGUUCACACAACAAAGUUUUUAGUUCCAAGGCACAAUAUUUUUAUAGUGCGAAUGCAUACCUGUUGCAAUUUUUGCUGUACAGCGUUUGAAGUAAUAAACGUGAUGA